AUGUCUGAACAUGAUCCACCGUUUGAAUUAUCUGCAAAGAAUUUACAAGUUAAGAAAGCAGUUCCACAUAAAAAGAAGAACCCAUUGCGAAUUCAAACGACCAAACCCAAGAAUUCCGUGAAACUCAGACCAACGAAGAUUCCAAACCACUUCACAUGGGCGUUAGUGUUGACAAUCUUCUGCUUUUUUGUUAUUGGACCGUGUUGGGCACUUUAUAAAACAUUCGAAGUACGCCGAAUGAUUGCAGACAAAGAUUUCGACGGCGCACAUCGUUUGUCGAGUCGUAUUUCUUCAACAUUACUGAUUUCCACAAUAAUUGGCGUUUUUGCAUGGGUUUGCUUUCUAUUCGCUUCAGCAGGCAUUCUAAUCACUGGUGUUCUGUUGAAAAAUAAGUUUAUCUAA